AUGCCUUCUUCCUAUAUUAUCACGUGCAAGCCAGACGCAACCGACGACGAGGUCAAGGCCGUCAAGGAGCAUGCCAAGGAGCAAGGCGGCAAAAUUGGACACGAGUACUCGUUGAUCAAGGGCUUUGCUGUUUCUUUCCCCGACGGGACAGUCCACAGUCUGGACUCGAACCCUCAUGUCGAAAACGUCGAGGCCGAUCAGGAAGUGAAGACACAGUAA